AUGUGCGUGAGGAGGUGCCUGGUGGGCCUUACCUUUUGUACCUGCUACCUGGCGUCUUACCUCACGAACAAGUAUGUCCUGUCUGUCUUGAAAUUUACCUACCCUACAUUAUUCCAAGGGUGGCAGACGUUAAUUGGUGGACUUUUGCUUCAUGUGUCAUGGAAACUGGGCUGGGCUGAGAUCAACAGCAGUUCAAGAUCUGAUGUUUUGACAUGGCUUCCUGCUUCGGUGCUGUAUGUGGGCAUAAUCUAUGCCGGUUCCAGAGCAUUAUCCAAACUGGCCAUUCCUGUGUUUCUUACUUUGCAUAAUGUAGCUGAAGUUAUCAUCUGUGGGCACCAGAAGUGUUUUCGGAAAGAGAAAACUUCUCCUGCAAAGAUCUGUAGUGCCCUCUUCCUCCUGGCUGCUGCAGGAUGCCUCCCCUUCAACGACUCCCAGUUUGAUCCAGAUGGAUAUUUCUGGGCUGUAAUUCACUUAUUCUGUGUAGGGGCUUAUAAGAUAUUGCAGAAGUCCUGGAAACCCAAUGCGUUAAGUGACAUUGACCAGCAGUACUUAAACUACAUGUUCAGUGUGGUGCUCCUGGCAGUUGCAUCUCAUCCGACAGGUGAUCUCUUCAGUGUCCCGGACUUUCCGUUCCUGUAUUUCUACAGGUUCCAUGGAAGCUGCUGUGCCAGUGGAAUUUUAGGAUUCCUUCUCGUGCUCAGCACAGUGAAGCUAAAAAGCCUUAUGGCCCCAGGGCAGUGUGCAGCCUGGAUUUUCUUUGCUAAGGUCCUCACAGCUGGCUUGUCCAUAUUGCUGUUUGAUAUGAUCCUGACGAGUGCAACAGUGGGAUGCCUCCUGCUUGGCGGACUCGGAGAGGCCUUGCUGGUUUUCUCGGAGCAGAAGGGCUCAUAA